AUGGGCAUCUCCGGCUAUGAGGCCCUCGUCAUGACCACUAUUUCGCCUUUCCUGCUUGCCAUCAGGCCGUUGCGCUCUUUCAUCGUUAGCAACCAGCGCAUUACUCACCUUCUGUCACUCGCUGGCCUUCUCGCCUAUCUGGUCAAGGACCCUGUUUACCGGCUCUUUACUGUUGGCUUUGGCGUCUCCAUGGGUUGUCUCAGCUGGGCUGCUACCUGGUAUUCGGACUCUGUGCAGCCCACCAGACUUGAGGCUCGCAUCCUUGCGUGGACCAUUGGUCUGCUCAUGUCGUCUGUUGCCAAGUUUGCUUGGUACACAAACAAUCCCAUCUGGCCCAUCAUGCAUGCUGAGAACGGUGGCUGGAACGCCACUGGUCUCUUCCUUGCUAUUCUUGCCGCCCUGAGGUUCACUCGCCGUGGCCCUCACCAGGGUGGCAACACGACCGGGAAGAAGAGUGGAUCGUCUGUUCUGUCUGCUAUCGGAAUUGGCGGUCUGUUCUUCGGUCUGCAUUCCCUUCUCUCUGACACCAGCACCAUGAUCCUCUGGGUUUGGGAUGGUUAUCCGAUCCGAGGACCUGUUUCCAAUGUCCAUGGCUGGUACACAAUCGCUGCCAUGACUGCUGGUAUUCUCAUCGGCGUCCUCCGACCUGGUUUUGCCACGAGCUGGACUGCAUACGGUCUGGGCUGCAUUGGUGCUGCCUACCUUACUCUCUAUGAGCAAUGGCGUGGUUACUACGGUGGCUUGACUUUGGCUGCCUACCUCAUGGCCAUCGCUGUUCCCAUGAUUGGCAACGCUGCCAAGAAGAGCCCUGCGGCCACUUUUGGUCUCGGCUUCCUCAUUUACAAUUUCUUGGUUCUCUUCCACGUCUGGGUUGUCGCCUAUGCCUUUGUGCCUGGUGGCCCGCUGGUUCGGGAGCAUACUGACUGGAUCAUGAUCACCAUGAUGCUGGCACUCGGCAUUGGGCUCUUUGAUCUCAUUUCCCACCAGGCCAAAAACAACAGCAGCAGCAAGAAAAAGGUUGGUGUCAUCCGUCCUGUCAACACUCACCACAGGAAGUAUCAUUUUGGCGUUCUUGGUGUUCUCAACCUCUUGUUCCUCUCCGCCAACUUCCUGCGCUUCCCUACCAACGACUACAAGCCUUACCACGCCAAGGACCGCCUUUUCACGGCUGGCAUCUGGACGAUUCACUUCUCUCUCGACAACGACAUGUGGUCUUCCGAGUAUCGCAUGCGCGAUCUUAUCAAGGAGAUGGAGGUUGAUGUGAUUGGUUUGUUGGAGUCUGAUCUGCAGCGCGUCAUCAUGGGCAACCGUGACACCACUCAGUUCCUUGCUGAAGACCUUGGAAUGUACGUCGACUAUGGUCCGGGUCCCAACAAGCACACCUGGGGCGCGGCUCUGUUGUCCAAGUUCCCCAUCGUCAACUCAACCCAUCACCUCCUUCCCAGCCCGGUCGGCGAGCUGGCUCCUGCCAUUCACGCCACUCUUGACGUCUACGGAACCCUCGUCGACGUCUUUGUCUUCCACUCUGGCCAGGAAGAGGACCCCGAGGACCGUCGUCUCCAGUCAGAAUAUCUCUCCAAGCUCAUGGGCAGCACCAACCGCCCCAGCGUUUUGUUGUCUUACCUCGUCACGGAGCCCCUCAAGGGCAAUUACAACACGUAUGUCUCCGACGUGAGCGGCAUGCACGACGUGGACAAGACGGACUGGGACCGCUGGUGCGAGUACAUCUUGUUCAAGGGUCUCCGGAGGACGGGUUAUGCCCGUGUGAGCAGGAGCACCAUCACCGAUACCGAGUUGCAGGUGGCCAAGUUUGUGGUUCCCAACUCGGAGGAGGACAGCAAGUUUGCUUGGGGUGUGCCGGAGGAUGUAAGGGAUAGACGGGUGGAGGAGCAUGAGGUGCCAGAGGGGUGGAGGUUCCCGAGGAUGUUUAGAGGAGAGGGAGUUAGGGGGCACCGGUAUCAUGUGUUUGAUGAGCCGAGGUACUAUAACUUUUAA